CCGCAGCCCCGCGGCCGCCAUUACCUCAGCGCCUGCGCGGGGCCGGCGGCGGAAGGGCGGGAGGCGGCUUCUGCUUCCUGUGAUGGCGGCGGAGGGGUCGGGAGCUUCACCGACGCCCCUCAGUGAGAAGCACCGAAGCGGUGGAGGAACGGAGGAGUAAAAAGAUGAGCCCGGGCCGUGGCGGUGGGAGCUGCAGCACCCAGCCCUGAGCCCGCCCCGGCGGCCAUCGCCAGAGCAGGAGAUGGCAGCGGACUCCACAAUCCCCAUCUGGCAGAACAAACCCCAUGGCUCAGCACGAAGUGUUGUCAGGAGGAUUGGGUCAAACCUCCCCCUAAGACCCUGCCCCAGAGCAACCUUUGAGGUUCUCCCCAGUGUUUCAGAGCUCUAUUUAAAUGAUGUCCCUCCAGUCCCCACCUUGGCAGACAUUGUGUGGAUUGCAGCAGAUGAUGAAGAAACAUAUGCCAGAGUCAGAAGUGACACUCGUCCUCUGAAGCACAAGUGGAAGCCGAGUCCCUUCACUGUUAUACAGCGAAACGCGUCAGUCCCCAACCUGAGGAAGCAGGAAGAGAAGCUGCUUGCCCUGAAGAAACCUGGGUUGCCAGCCCUGAGCAGAACAACAGAGCUCCAGGAUGAGCUGAGUCACCUCCGGAGUCAGAUAGCUAAAAUAGUUGCUGCAGAGUCAGCUUCUACUUCAUUUACACCAGAUCUGUUAUCUCCAGGAAGUUCAAACCCAUCUUCUCCUGUAACUUGUUUUGGACCCUCUUUCCAGUCUACAACUUCCUUUGUCAUCAGUGAUAUCACAGAGGAGGAGGCAGAACUGGAAAGCCCUGAGCUCCCAUCAGUCUCCUUGCUUUGUUCUGCAACCUCUGAGUGUUUUAAACCUGAACCAAAGGACCCUGAGGAGGAAGAUUCUGUCUCUCUUUCCAAGGCCAGCAGUUUUGCAGACAUGAUGGGAAUUCUUAAAGACAUUCAUAGGAUGAAACAGAGCAAAGACUUGAACAGAACUCCCAUGAAGGAGGAAGACCCGGCCAUCCUUAUAGCAGAAGUUCUGAGAAGGAAAUUUGCCCUGAAGGAUGAAGACCUGGCCAUGAAGGAGAAAUGAUGUCAUUCAACUCUGUAAGCAAAAGUGUUGUGCUCCCAAAAUGUUCUCCACAGUAGCUGCCUUCCUAAGGAUUGAGCCUUUUGCCUCUUUUAUUAAUCAGAGAAGGUUUCUGCUCUGGACACUCACUUAGGGAAGAGCUGAUGGAUUUGAUGUGUUUUCCAUGUAUUGUUGUAUUUAAGAAAGAAAAACUUUUUUAAGAGGAUGGAAUUUCUUUUCCACUUGUAUUUUGAUGUUGAUUAUUGAUAAGGAUCUUGGGAAGAGUGCAAUGAGUGCUGCUGGAUGACAUUCUUUCUACCACCAAUGUUCUUUAGAUUCCAAUUAAGCAUUAACUUAACAACAGCCUCAUUACAAUAUAACCAUUUCCAGUAUAAAGGGAUGUCAGACAUCCAGUUCUUUGUUCUGAGUAUGGUACAGAGAUAAUGAGCAUAAGCUAAUUAAUGCUUCCAGCUCUUCAGUGUUUAGGAAGUUGUUGAAGCACAGAGGUUAAAGGCAGCUCCCUGCUCUCAGGGCAGGAUGAAGCUGCAGUCAGUGAUUGAAGCACUCGCUGGUUUGUGUGUGCCCUGGGUAUUUCUUAACUCACGAAUUAUCCCCACAGUUGCAUGACAGAAUGGCCUUAAUUUCUUGCCAGUAAUUUAAUGUUUCAUUAAUAGUCCUUGUAUUCAGAUACUGUAUUUUAUUCAGCAUUCAAAAGGUCUAUUUAUUGAACCACCAAUGCUAAGAACCGAGCACCCCCCAGAGGAGCUGGCAGCUGAGGAGAAGGAAACAGGAACGUGGCUGCAGUUCUCACAAACUGAGGAGGUUUCCUUCAGCUGCACCUUCUCUGUGAUGUUCCUCAUGCCUGUAUUUCAAGUAUGGGUUUUUUUCCUUUAUAUAAAAUGGAGCCUUAAUAAGA